GACGUCUAUUUCACAAUGUAAGUCUAUGGAAAAAAGUCUUCUUGGGCCCCAUGGCAUCACAUGAUGGACCCGGUUGUUGUAAUACCACUUUUGGCCACUAUGUAAAAUUAGUUUAAAAGCUGUUCUUAGGGAUUUACUUCUGGUGCGUCCGUUUUGUACUCGGAGGUCGGAAAUUCCCAGUUCCCAGUCUGAAGUUUAAACUCGAACACACCCUGAGAUCGGAUUUCCAACUCGGAAACUCGGAGCAACCGCAUCAAAAGCGACUUAGGAAUUCAAGAUGGCUGCCGGUCACAUACGUACAAAUAAGAUGGAGUUUUGUGGAAAAGGACACACCCACUGGCCUUGAAGGUCCUCAGUGAGCCAGACAGCCUCUUUACUUUAAUUAUCUGGACUGACCUCAGUGUGGACGGACAUGUCUUUAACUGGCUGCUGCUGCCUGUUCAGACGACACCUGACUGAGUCUCUGUGCGUCUUCCCAGCAUGAAAAAACAAGUGACAUUUGCAGAAAGUCAGAAGAUCCACAGGCUCCAUCAGGAUGAAGCUUUGCAAAGGAGGACUGGGAUGAAUGAAUCAAAGAUGGCAGUAACAGAUGCUGGUGUGAACUUCAACAGUGGCUUGAGAAUGAACAGAGCAGCAGCUGAAAGAUGUGAACCACAACUCCAACACGGGACAACCAUACAAAUCCCUAAAACCAUGAGCGCAGGCCCAUUUCUGCAGCAUGCAGCACUUACACCAGCUCAGAAGGAUUAUCUGUACACCAUCGCAGCUUCCUACAGCACCGCACACGUGCGUAACCUCAUCACCCAACACUACAUGAACGUGCUGCAGAGGUGUGUGCAAGCAGGCUGCAGCCCUGAAAGAGACGACCUUGUUGCGACUUCUGUUAUCUCACCGGGAACUGAUGUGAGUGAAAAACAUCGCUCAAAACUUCCUUCGACCAUGAAACACAAAGCGAAGAUAAACACCAGUGCGAGGAGUUCUGGGAAAUCCUUUCUUCCAAAAAUCCCAAACAGUCAAGCCAGGCUCUCCAACACAUCAGCAUCAAAACAAAGAAAGAUGAAGAAACGUACAUCAUCAUCUCCCUCACUGAAAAGAAAAAGUCCAAGACGAGCCAGGACCAAGCUGUUAGAGGAGGAGGAGGAGGAGGAGGAGGAGGAGGACGAAGGACUGGAUGACUCUCUGAGUGAAUGUUUGAGUUCACUGUCUGUGGGACAAUGGGAUGACGACACUCUCUCAGAUUUAUGACAUUUCUAUUCAGCCUCUGAGCGCUCACAGUAACAUUUUGUGUCAGUGUAACGUGAGAAUAAUGUCAAAGGCCAACAGACGUCUUUGUUUAUAACGAUUCUGCAUUAAAUUGGGGCUCUUAAACAAGCAAAACACAGCGAACAGAAUAGAAACACUGUGAGUAGCAGCUCAGUGUUGUCGUUAAACCUGCACCAGCUAGUUUUGUACUUUGGUGCCUCUGUUGGCAGCAAGAGAAAACCUUUAGAGGACUGUUUAUAGGAAAUCACGUGAUCAGUUCUUGUGCUGGUGAAAGCUGAGCAGUGGGAUCUCAUCUCAUGGCCUGGAGACACCACAACCACUAACGUUUUAAUGACACCUUCUGGAUACACUAAAACAAACAGCAACAGAUUUUACAGAUUUUUUAUGCUUUUUUUUUUAAAGUAGAGAUGAUUUUUCUUCUCUGAAAAUAAUUGAAAAUUUGAUUUAGCUGAUUAAAAAUUAAAAAUAGUUUAAAAUUAAAUAAAAUUCAUAUGUUUUUACGUCAAAAUGUCCUAAGACUUACAUAAGUACAUCCUCUCUGUGAAUAUUUAAGAAAUAUUAUCCUUUUAAUUAAUUCAAAUAUUUUUUCUUUGUUUUUUGUUUUUUUUUUGUUUAUGUUUUUUUUAUAAGUAUCUUUGUCCUUUUAUUUUUUCUGUUAAAAAUAUUCAAAUGCACAAAUGGAAACCUGACACAUUUUUGGAGCUGCUCCUGCACUGUAAUUUGAGCAUCUGUUAAUAAAAACAAACUAAAAAAAGAUGCACAAUACUGGAUUUUUGCCAAUAUGCAAUAUACCAGAAUUCUAACAACUUAUUUGUCUGAUAACCGAUACUGAUAUUGAUACAUCCACAUUUUCCCCACCUAAUUUUAGUGAUCAUCAAGUCUCUUCUGUAGUGGAAUUAACUUCAUAUUAUACAUGCAUACUCUUAUCGUGACGGCCCACCAGCAGAUAGAGACAUGAAAUAUAAUACUUUUCAAUGUUUGUAAUAUUUAUUCAUUGUGCAAAUUAAGAUAAAGCAUGUUGACGAUACUGAUGAUGUGCUGAUUUUAUUGUGCAUUCCUAGUAAAA